AUGCCGAACGCUGAACCGGACCAUUGGUUCAGUUCAGCCUAUACGCUGAACGUUGAACUGGACCGUGGUCCGGUUCAUGAAAAGUCCGGUUCAAACCGCGGUUCAGAACCGAACCUCCGCAUCACUAAUCCUGAUGCGCCUCCCACAUCUAUACAAGAUUUGCAUGUCGCGCAGGUUCGCGCAGUCUUCACUUUGCCACAAACAUUAUCAAAACGGUAUUUCGACCCUCAGAACCCUCUACCUCAGCAUCUCGCCUAUGUCGAAUGGUUUUCGACCUUCAGCGCUUUACCAGAUCCACAGUCUGGGUUGUAUAAGGUCAGGCGGGUGGUUCGCGAUGACGAACGCCAAUGGGGAGGAGCUGUUCCUGCAGAGUGGACGAGUUUAGAUGUCCUCGAUGCAUGCCCCUCAUUUCUUUUGAAUGUUUUCAAAGACAUGUACACUUACUUCAAUUAG